AUGGAAUUUCUUGAGUAUAAUGAUGUGUCAGCUGAAAUAAAAGGGGCAAUGGUGCCUGGUCGAUUGAAAAUGACUGACCAGAAUAUAGUAUUCAAAAAUAGUAAAACCGGCAAAGUAGAACAGAUAUCAGCUAAUGAUAUUGAUCUUGUAAACUUCCAAAAAUUUAUCGGUUCUUGGGGUCUCAGAAUUUUUCUCAAGAAUGGAACCUUACAUAGAUAUGGCGGUUUUAAAGAAGGGGAACAAGAAAAAGUUGCAAAAUUUUUUAAGUCCAACUACAAUAAAGAUAUGCUAGAAAAGGAACUUUCGCUUAAAGGCUGGAAUUGGGGUACGGCUAAAUUCAAUGGUGCAGUACUAAGCUUCAAUGUUGGUUCAAACACUGCUUUUGAAAUACCUUUACAUUAUGUUUCACAAUGUAACACUGGCAAAAAUGAAGUUACACUUGAAUUUCAUCAGAAUGAUGAUACUCCUGUCUCAUUGAUGGAGAUGCGUUUUCAUAUACCAACAAAUGAGCUGGCAGGUGACAUGGAUGCUGUUGAAGCUUUCCACCAACAGGUUAUGAACAAGGCUAGCGUUAUAUCAGUUUCUGGAGAUGCUAUUGCCAUCUUUAGAGAACUACAAUGUCUCACUCCUCGUGGUCGCUAUGACAUCAAGGUGUUCCAGACUUUCUUCCAACUCCAUGGUAAAACAUUUGAUUACAAAAUUCCAAUGUCAACUGUACUAAGACUCUUCCUGCUGCCACAUAAGGACACUAGGCAAAUGUUUUUUGUGGUAUCACUGGACCCACCUAUCAAACAAGGUCAAACAAGGUACCAUUAUUUGGUACUAUUGUUUGGUAUUGAAGAGGAGACUAGUUUAGAACUACCAUUUACAGAGGAAGAAUUGAAGGAGAAAUAUGAAGGUAAAAUUACCAAAGAGCUAUCAGGGCCUACAUAUGAAGUACUAGCCAAAAUUAUGAAAGUAAUAAUAAACAGGAGGGUGACUGGACCUGGUGACUUUUUAGGGCAUCACAAGACUCCCGCAAUAGCUUGUUCAUACAAGGCAGCUGCUGGGUACCUGUACCCCCUGGAGAAGGGCUUCAUUUACGUCCACAAGCCGCCGGUGCACAUUCGCUUUGAAGAAAUUGCCUCUGUGAACUUCGCUCGAGGUGGUGCCUCCUCUACCAAGUCAUUUGACUUCGAAAUAGAAUUAAAGUCUGGCAGUAUUCAUACAUUCAGCAGUAUAGAAAAGGGAGAAUACGACAAGCUGUUUGAUUAUAUCACAUCAAAGAAACUGCAUGUCAAAAAUACUGGCAAGAAUGAUAAAGCGCUGUACGACGAUGACUUUGGCGAUUCGGACACGGAGAAGGAGCCCGACGCGUACUUGGAACGCGUGAAGGCCGAAGCUAAGGAACGUGAAUCCGACGACUCAGAUGGAAGCGAUGAGAGCACCGACGAGGACUUUAACCCCGAUAAAGCUAACCAGAGCGACGUCGCUGAAGAGUAUGACACCAAUCCGUCAUCAUCCGAAGAGUCUGAUGCGUCAGGGGCGUCAAAUGACAGCAAAAAAGAAAAGAAGAAAGAAAAGAAACCUAAGAAAACUAUUACAAUUUCUGAAGCUCCGCGUAAGCGUAAGGAAAAAUCGAAGAAACGAGAAAAGGACGCAAACGCACCAAAACGGCCGGCUACUGCGUUCAUGUUAUGGCUAAAUGAAAACAGAAAGAAGAUUAUUGAAGACAACCCAGGCCUUAAGGUUACUGAGGUCGCUAAGAAGGGCGGUGAACUGUGGCGAGAUCUCAAGGACAAGUCUGAAUGGGAUGAAAAAGCAAGUAAAGCGAAAGAAGAAUACAACCAAGCAAUGAAGAAGUAUAAAGAAAGUGGAGCAGCGGAUGAGUUUAAACAAAAGAAGAAGCAAGCUGAGAAAGAACGUAAGGCAGCAGACAAGAAAAGCAAAGCUCCUCCAUCAGCUAAAAAAGCUAAGAGCAGUAGUACUGCUGCUGCUGCUAGCUCUGGCAAGUUCACAAGCAGAGAGUACAUUGAAGAUGACGAUAGUUCCUCUGAUUCUGAUAAGGAGAAGGAAAAAGAAAAGAAGAAAGACAGUAAAGAGAACAAAGAAUCAAAGAAAGACAAGAAGGGUUCAUCUUCAGAAGCUGAAGCAACUUCAGGAUCUGGGGAAGAGAGCGGAAGUGGCAGCGGCAGCGAUUAA